UCUGUCUCUCCAUCCUUUGACUUUGACUUUCAACAUAUUUGAUCCAUCUUACAGGGGGCUCAAGACCACCCUUCUCACCAAACAUUUCCUCAACUGACACCAUCCACUUCCCCAUUCCUGGGCACGCAUCUACUCAAAAUGCCCGCCCACCUCAACCAUGAAGAGUUCUUCACCUCCCUAACCACCCUCCUAACCACCACCUCCCAAAAAGCCCGCGGCUCCGUCUACCUCACCCAGAAGCCGUGGAUCAACGCCGAUAGCCCCGAACAACAACAACCUUCCAUCCUCAUCCGCGCGACCGACGGCAACACCAGCGCCCCGAACCCGAAGAAGGCGAAGACCGACAAGAAGACGGCGGCGGCCGCCGCCAAGAAAGUCAAGCUGUCGACGGUGGUGAGCCCGGAGGAGCUGGAGGCGUUCUACGUCCGGUAUGCGGAGGUGUGUAAGGCGGGGAUGACGGGGUUGAAGAAGCGGGACCGCAGUAAGAAGAAGACUGCCAAGGGGAAGGCUGGGGGGAAGGUGCAGAAGGCUUGAUUUUUGGUUAGGGGGUAAGGAGAUGUGGGGUUGAGGGUCCUAUUGAGUUGUUGGGAUUAUAGACUAGCUUAGGGGGUUGGAUUAGGCGUGGGUAGUGAGGUUGGAGGGACGGGAGGAUCUGAUAGAUGGUCUGUUGUGCUUGUUCGGUGUAUGGUUGAUUGCAUUUAUUGGGCGUUUCAUGGGUCUAUCUCUUUUUCCUUUCAUCUAUCGAUUGAUCUUCAUACGACUGGGU